AUGCCUCAGAAUACCUCGACAAUGAACAACUGCAACUGCUCGAGGAGAAGGCAGAGACAAGUUCGAUUUGCUUCUCAAGAACAGUGCCUAGAAACAAUUUCUCGGUCCCAACUAACGAGGAAUGAGUCUGCCGCAGCAUGGUAUUCUCGAAAUGAACGAAUACAGGUCAUCCAGAAUUGCGCGAGACUGGUAGAAAGAAGGCAGUCGGGCAAGAAACCAAAGCGAAACAACUCGUAUCGGGGUUUGGAGACCUUUCAUGAGCUCGAUUUCCAAGAGCUCCGACAACACGUUGAUGCUUGUGUUUAUGCCGUUAUACUCGAGCAGCACCGACAAGCGGUGGAAUGCAGAUUUGACAGUGACUCGCUUGCAAAAGCAUCUUUGCUGCAUUCCAAUGGCAGCAGCAAACUCGCGCUGGUCCGUGCAAAGAACGACGAGUGCGAAGCCAAGCAAAUAUUAUGCAAAACAUGUGAAAUGGAAGACGAAGAAGAUAGCGAAAGCCAGUCAAUGGUAUCUCCUGUCCAACUUUCGGAAUCGUCUUCAAGUUGUAUACACCAAGAUCUUGAGGAACUUGGCAAAGUCGUCCUUGUCAUAUAA